GCCGUAAAGCAAUGGGCUAGCUGAGAAUAAUGAUACGAGAUAACUGAACACUAGCGUUACUUUACUGAACUUUGUUUGUCCCAAGCUGUUAAUCCCGAUUCGCUUUAAUAUAUCAAAAUUGCCAACAUUUCACCCGCGGCCGCCUAUAAGGAAAACAGUUUUCUUUAGACGCCGUGUCCUUUUGUGAGGCGAAAAAUCGACAAGAGCCAGUGAAGAGGAAUUGCUUUUAGCCAGUCAUUGCCAUGGCCUCCCAAAGCGGCGACAGCAACAUGGAUAGAGAAAUGAUUCUGGCCGACUUUCAGGCUUGCACUGGAAUUGACAACAUUGCAGAGGCUAUCACUUUGUUAGAGCUCAAUAACUGGGAUUUAGUGGCUGCCAUCAAUGGUGUGAUACCACAGGAGAAUGGGAUCUUACAAAGUGAGUUUUCCAGUGAGGCAAGCCAAGCAACCAUGUAUGGACCCCCUAGCCACUCGGAAGCAACUAAUGCAGCAGCCAGAGGUGCAAUUCCUCCCCCCUCUUCAUCAUCUUCAUCCUCUUCCCCUCAAUCAUCCUUGGCUUCAGUGGUUUGCCCCAUCAACCCCUCCACUCGGCAAAUUGUAGAACGUCAGCCACGGAUGCUCAACUUUCGGGUGGAGUACCGGCAAAGCUCCACGGACCUGGUGCUCGAGGAGGGCAGCACAGUUGGAGAAAUCAAACAAAUCCUUGAGACAGAGCUUGGUGUUCCAGUGUCUAAAAUGCAGCUGAAGGGAUGGAAGAGCGGAGAUGUGUCUGAUAGUACCGUGCUAAGAAGUUUACACCUGCCGAAGAACAACAGCCUGUACGUCCUGACCCCAGACAUUGCCCCUACUGCCAGCACCAGCAAAAACAGUGCUCUCCAAGACUCUUUAAACCAGAACUUCCUCCUGGUUAUUAGCCAUCGUGAGGCUCAGAGGGACUACAGCCUCAACUUUCCCGGCUCCAGAACCAUACAAGAGGUAAAGAGGAACAUUUCGGAUUUGACAAACAUCCCAGUCCGGCAUCAGCAGUGGGAGGGAUGGCCUGCAUCAGCAUCCGAUGAUUCUAUGACUCUAGCUCUCUCUGGGAUCAGCUAUCCCUGCCAUCACCUCAGUGUUUGUCGAAGAUCCUCACCAGCCAACGCCCAGGAACCCACAGAAGAGUGUGCAGAUGUCCACAUGAUCAGUGACAGUGAGGGGGAUGAUUUUGAGGAUGCAUCAGAAUUUGGUGUGGACGAUUCAGAGAUGUUUGGGAUGAGCUCGUCAAGCUGUCGGAAGACACCCAUGAUGCCAGAGAACAGCGAGAACGAAGUGGAGGCCUUAACUCACUUUACUGCCGAAUUUUCUUCAAGGUAUGGAGAGACCCACCCAAUGUUCUUCAUUGGAUCUUUGGAGGCAGCAUCUCAAGAGGCCUUCUAUGGCAAAGCCAGAGAUAGAAAGCUAUUAGCGAUCUACCUCCACAAUGAUGACAGUGUCCUCAGCAACGUCUUCUGCUCCCAAAUGAUGUGUGCAGACUCCAUCGUCUCCUACCUGAGCCAGAACUUCAUUACAUGGGCCUGGGACGUCACUAAAGAAGCUAACAAAGCCAGAUUACUCACCAUGUGCACAAGGCACUUUGGGAGUGUGGUGACACAAACUAUACGGACAUACGAGACAGACCAGUUCCCCUUGCUCCUUAUAGUUAUGGGCAAACGCACAUCCAAUGAAGUUCUAAAUGUUAUUCAAGGUAAUACGACAGUGGAUGAGCUGAUGAUGAGGUUAAUGGGCGCAAUGGAGAUCUUCUCAGCACAGCAGCUAGAGGACAUCAAAGAUGAGGACGAGCGUGAGGCACGGGAGAUGGUGAAGAGAGAACAGGAUGAGGCCUAUCGUUUGUCUUUAGAGGCUGACCGUAAGAAGAGAGAAGUGCAAGAGAGAGAAGAGGCCGAACAGGUACGCCUGGAACAGAUGAGAAAGGAGCAGGAGGAGGAAAAGGAGGCUAUCCGCUUGUCAUUGGAGCAGGCUUUACCUCCAGAGCCUGACGAAGAAUCAGGAGAACAAAUCAGCAAACUGAGAAUCAGAACACCAAGUGGCGAGUUUUUGGAAAGGCGUUUUCUGGGCAGCUGUAAGCUUCAGGUCCUCUUGGAUUUUGUGGCCUCGAAGGGAUACCCUUUUGAAGAGUUCAAGCUCCUCACUACCUUCCCUCGUAGAAAUAUCACCCAGUUGGAUCCAGGCUCAACCCUGCUGGAGGCCAAGUUGUUUCCUCAGGAGACGCUCUUUCUGGAAGCUAAAGAAUAGGAGCCGGCCCUCUGAUAGCUGAGAGGACCCAGUGACUGACUGAUGAACUGGCUGGACGCACAUUAGUCACCGAGCAUGGCCCCCUCCCCACAAUCUGGGCCUACAGUACACACACAAAAUGCACACUGACCUCUCAGAUAUACAUAACACACUGGCAUGCACAUCCAGUGACACACAUGCGCAAAUAAGCUUCUCUGCCCUCGGCCUGGUCGUGGUACAUGAAUGCCUGGUGUACACGUGUUGCACAGAGGAGCAAAGACAGAAUCACAAGCACACAGCCAAACAUUGAUGUCCCUGAACCUCUCUUUCUCUCUCAGCUCUUCACACUCUUCACGUUUCCAAACUGCUGUGUCAUGGUUCUCUCACACCACCACCACAGAACAAUGUCAGCGUUGAGAGACUGAGUGGACAGGUCGUUGUCACAGGAAAAACAAAACAAAAAAAAAAAAAAAAACAGACUUCUAUCCCCAUUUCCUCAUUUAACACACCGAGGCUGCUUUUUUAGAACAUGGUUUUUGUGUUUGAAAUAAAAGAAAAAAGCUAAAAAAUGUUAUAAAAUAAAGUUCAAGAGGAGAUUUUGUCCCGUGAAAGCUGGACUGUCUCAUCUCCACCUGUAUUCACCUCUUUACCUUGCCCAAAGUCCACUUUCUGUCCUUCCAUCCCUCCCCCCUGCAUCCCUCCGUCUGUUGUCCACUGCGGGAUGGUACUCGAUGGGAAACCUGCAGCAUCUGCAGUCACCCCUGCAGUCUCUUUUCUCCUGGUUUAAAAUCCACUGCUUCACAAGCCAAUAGAUUUCUCUCUUUUUUUUCUUUUUUUUUUCUUUUUCUCUUGAUCCUUUUUAAGUUUGAUGCUGUAUUAGCUUUAGUUUGAUAUACAUUAUAAAAAAUAUAUGACUAUGAACAUCCA